UUAUUAUGGUAUUCUAUUCCAAUUGGGGUGUUCGUUUAUCAAAGCAAUUAAAGCGACAGCAAGAUGCAGUAACUAACUCGUUAAAGCGUUCUCUCUCGGUAGAAAAGCCCAGUAGGCUGACGUAAUUUAAGAAAUGUAUUUCUGUAGUCAUUAUUUCCGAUUAUGAUGAAGUAGACUAUUUCAAGAACGUAAUUUUACUCCAACAUAUUAUGAAUUUGUGAUUACAUCGUAAGUAAGCCAUAUAAUUAACGAAAUUAGAAAUAAAUGUAAAGUUGAAAAUGGCGAAAACAAAUUUAACAGCGGUCUUGUACGGCGUUGAAGAUUUGAAAUUGGAACAACGUCCCAUACCAGACAUUGCAGAUACCGAAGUUCUGUUAGCCAUAGAUUGCGUGGGUAUUUGCGGCUCAGACGUUCACUAUUUAGUUAAUGGGCGCAUAGGCGACUUUAUUCUAAGACAACCUAUGGUCAUUGGUCACGAAGCUUCUGGUGUAAUAGUUAAAAUUGGUGCUAAGGUCAAACAUCUUAAAAUAGGAGAUCGUUGCGGAAUCGAACCUGGUGUGCCAUGCUAUAUAUGCUCGUACUGUAAGACUGGUAAAUAUAAUCUAUGUCCGGAAAUGAAGUUUUGUGCCACUCCCCCUUAUGAUGGUAACUUGACGCAUUUUUAUAAGCAUCGCGGAGACCUUUGCUAUAAAUUGCCUGAUCAUGUCAGCAUGGAAGAGGGGGCUCUGCUGGAGCCGCUUUCGGUGGGCGUGCACGCCUGUUCUCGCGGUGGAGUCAGUUUGGGUUCCUUAGUUUUAAUUACGGGUGCUGGAACCAUUGGCUUAGUUACGUUAUUGGUGGCUAAGUCCAUGGGGGCCGCAAAAGUCAUGAUAACCGAUUUAGUACAACAUCGCUUGGAUGUAGCCAAAGAAUUAGGUGCCGAUUGUACGUUGCUGAUCACACGCGAAAAUAAAGCUGAACUUCUAGCUGAAAAAGUAGAAAUAUUAAUGGGCUCAAAACCAGAUAUAUGUAUAGAUUGUUGCGGUGCUGAAACAACCACGCGUUUAAGCAUAUUCGCUGCCCGUUCUGGCGGUUGUUGCGUUAUUGUUGGUAUGGGAGCAGCUGAGACUAAAAUACCCUUAGCGAAUGCCUUAAUCAGAGAAGUUGACAUACGGGGAGUUUUUCGCUACUGUAACGAAUAUUCUAUUUUCGUCAUUUUUAACAUUGCAUGCAUUUUGACGGGUAGCUGUAGACUUUUAAAAGAAAUACAUGAAUAAGUUUGUUCGUUUUCUUCAUGACAAAACGUGGCGAUGUAUCGAAGGCAACUCCAUUCUCUUUUUUUAAAACUUGUGAAGAAAAAAAAUCCACUAACAGCCAGCAGGAAUCAAAGAAAUUUUUAUAAAUGAGUGAAGAAGUUGCUACGGAAUUGAAAUACAAUAAAAUAUUAUAAAAAAAUUAAAAAAUAUCUUAAAUAAAAUUUCAUUUCUAACAACUGAUGUGACUCGAUUCUUUUAAUUGUAUCUGUCUUAAUUUCAAUAAUAUUUGGAAACAACAUUCAAAACUCUGCAAAUUCCUCGCAAAACUUGAUUGAUUUUCAAAGUAAAAUUUUUCGUUUAUAUCUUUGCUUAAUAUAUUGCGUGAUUCGAGAAGAAUAUUCAACCUGAGGUGAAGAUAAAUGUAUUACCAGUUUCUUUAUUUUCUCAAAACAUUUAUUUGUAAAGAUGUGAAAGGAAAACUAUUUUUUUAAAGUAUUUAAAUAGCAUUUGAUAGUUUGAAUAUGUGAGCCAAACAAAAUGCGCAGUGCGGUAAACAUUUCCAAUAUGAUAAAAAAUAUAAUAAAUAAAUUAAUAUAAAAUUUUACUUUACUCUAGAGUUGAUCCUGAUUUAUUGGUUCCUAUUAUCGUAAAAGUGGAGAUUGAUUCGUAUUUGGCUGACAGGGAUUAUUCUUUAACUUUACUGCAAAAAAAUAUCCAAUAAUAAGACAUUUGUUUUAUCGUUUUAAUACUCCAAUCAGUUUUGGUUUUAAGUGGCUAAAAGUGGUUAUUUUGAGGUCAAUAACAAAGACCAAAGGACCAAAAACUUUCGAAGACAAUGAACUGCAAGGCUUAGUGGACGAAAACCCAGCUCAAACUCUCAAAGAUCCUUCGAAAAGCUUAGCAGUUGAUGAAUCGACUAUUUUUAGACGCUUACAUGCGCAGGGAAAAAUCUAAAAGGAGAGAAAAUGUCUAUCAUGGGAAUUAACCGAAAGUUCCAUUUCGACCUUCUUCAAUCACUGCCACGCAAAAAAGAAAAAUUUUAUGGCUUGUUGUGACUGGCGAUGAAAUGGGGAUCUACUACGACAAUUACAAUUGUAAAAAUUAUGGGUUAGUUCAGGAGAGUCAUCCACAUCGACUCCAAAGCGGAUAUGACCAUAACGUUUAACUGCGCAUGUGCUGGGAUCACCAAGGUGUAUUGUGUUACGAACUGCUAAAACCGUAAAUUGAGUUGAAGCGUGUAUUGUUGCAAAAGAGAUCAGCAAUAGCGGUUAAAAUGGCUACCAUACGAAUUGACUAAAAAUGCCAUUUUGAUCAUUUGUUGCAGUUGUUAUCAAGGAUACACUCAGCGUACUCACCAAACAUUGCGUCUUCUGAUUACCACUUGUUGGAAUCGAUACAUCAUCAUGAAUUGGCUGGCUCUGCAAAUUUUAAAAAGUGCGAGAAUACGUUGAUGAGUGGGUCACUGCGAC